UCAUGAUUGGCAGUACAACCAGGAAGUCCAGCAGAAGCCGCUCUGACAGCGGACAGGCUGAUGGUGUAGGCGGGGCGGCACAGUAUGUCGGCUCCAGAGGAGAAGGCACGCCGGGUGUUCUCGGAGAAGUUCGGAGGAGAUCCGGAGAUCGCUGUGUUCUCCCCCGGACGGGUUAAUCUGAUCGGAGAACACACUGACUACAAUGACGGCUAUGUACUUCCUAUGGCCUUACCUCUGAUCACUGUCAUGGUGGGAUCUCGGCGUGAUGACGGGAAGAUUUGUCUUGUGACCACGGCUGAGGGGGCGGAUGAACCCCAUAAAGUGGAGUUUGUGGCCCCGAGUAGAGACAAUCCUCUGGUCCCCGGGACACCCAAAUGGGCCAACUAUCCAAAGGGGGUAAUCCAGCACUACAGAGCUGGACCUGUCCCUGGGUUUAAUGCAGUGAUUGCCACCAGUGUUCCAUUAGGCGGAGGCCUAUCCAGCUCUGCGUCUCUGGAAGUGGCUACUUAUACCUUCUUGCAGCAGCUGUGCCCAGAUGACGGUGAUGUUGUCCAAAAAGCCCUGACAUGUCAAAAAGCUGAACAUACAUUCCCUGGAGUACCCUGCGGGAUCAUGGACCAGUUUAUUUCAGUGAUGGGGAGAGAGGGACAUGCUCUACUCAUCGACUGCAGAUCUUUAGAGGCGACACCAUUUCCCCUGACAGACCCCGAACUGUCUGUGCUUAUUACUAAUUCCAAUGUGCGGCAUGAGCUAACAGGGAGCGAGUACCCAACACGCAGGAAACAGUGUGAGGAGGCUGCCAGGGCCCUCAAUAAAGAGGCUUUGAGAGAUGCCAGUAUGGAAGAGUUGGAGGCCAAAAAAGAGAACAUGAGUGAGGUGUGCUAUAAGCGGGCACGUCACGUCAUCACAGAGAUUGAGCGCACUGCUAAAGCGGCACAAGCUUUGAAGAAAGGGGAUUACAAACUGUUUGGCAAAUUAAUGGUGGAGAGCCACAACUCUCUGAGGGAUGACUAUGAAGUUAGCUGUCCAGAAUUGGAUGAACUGGUUGCCAUCGCUCUGGAGGUUCCUGGCGUGUAUGGUAGUAGGAUGACAGGAGGUGGAUUCGGAGGAUGCACAGUGACCUUGUUGAAGACUUCAGCUUCCGAGCAAGCCAAGCAGAGAAUUCAGGAGAAAUUCCAAGGAACGCCGACCUUCUAUGUCACCAAGCCAUCGGCCGGAUGCGGUGUCUUGUAACCUUAAGGGAGUGUAGUGAAUAUACCUUUCUACUUUAAUAAAGAACAUUUUAUUUGUAUCUGCA